AUGCCCCCGAAGGUGACGCCGAAGAAGGACGGGCCGCAGCAGCAGCCGGAUCUCACGGCGAUUCUGGCGCAGCUCACCGCCUACUUGGAGAACCAGUCCAAAACCCAGGAGGCUCUCCUCGAGCAGCUCUCCAAGCCGAAGGACAACGAGUUCCUGAUGGAAACACUUUCAAACACCAUCCCGGAAUUUGAGGCCUUCAACAAGGGCGGGGAGAAGCUGGAGGAAGCGGACAAAGUGCGGCUGCUCGUGCGAAAGCUGUCCUCGGUGGAUCACGACCGCUACGUGAACUACAUCCUACCGGAGAACCCACCGGACAGAUCGUUCCAGGACACGGUGGACACGCUUAAGGAGAUGUUCGGGCACCAAACGUCCGUGUUCUUCCGGCGCUACCAGUGUCUGCAGACGACCAAGCGGAACGCGGAGGAUUUCGUCACGUACGCCAGUACCGUCAACCGAGCGUGCGAGGAUUUCAACAUCCGGACGAUUACCUCCGACCAGUUCAAGUGCCUGGUGUUUGUCGCUGGUCUGCAGUCGGAGCGGUACAAGGACAUCCGGACCCGGUUGCUGGCGAAAAUGGAAGGCGAGACGGCGGAGCACCCGAUGACUCUCAAGAAGCUGUUAUUGGAGUGCCAGCAUUUGGACAACCUCAAACACGACACUGCUGUUAUUGAGGGUCCGAAGCCGGCCGUCAAAGCGGUCCAGCAGGAUCGCAGCGGCUUUCGCGAGUCGGGCAAACCGGAACGGAAGUUCGACAACAGGAAUCCGGCCAAGGCAACCCCACGACGUCCGUGCUGGCAGUGCGGGCAGAUGCACUUUGUUGCAGACUGCUCGUACACGAAACACACCUGCAAGACGUGCGGCAAAGUGGGACACAAGGAAGGAUACUGUGCUUGCUGCUCCAAACCCUCCGGUUCCGGAGAAGGUGCAUCACACACAGCACCCGGAGGCGGCAAGAAGAAGCACAAAAAGAAGCGGGCCGACGGCGGGGGACACUCAAACGGAGUGUACGCUGUCAACAAGGAAGGUGUCGUCAGACGGCGCAAGUUCGUGGAAGUUCUGAUCAACAACGAACCGAUCGAACUCCAGCUCGACUGCGGAUCGGACUACACCAUCAUCUCGACGGAUUCACUUCCCCUGCUCGGCAACCCAGAAACCAUUCCGACGGAACUGCGGGUGGCCACAGCCUCAGGCAAACCCCUUCCGCUGGAAUUGGAGUUCGAGUGUGACGUCACGUUCCGCGGGACCACCAAGCGUUCCGUGUGCUACGUCACUCCUGUGCGCGGUUUCAAGGUUCUUGGGAGCGACCUGAUGGAAGCUUUCGGGCUGUACGACAUUCCGAUCAACGACUUCUGCAAGCAACUCACAACUGCGGAGGACUCGUUGGCGUGUGGUGCCGCGCUGAAGGUGAAAUUUCCGGCGGUGUUCCAGGAAGGACUCGGACGGUGCACGAAAACGAAGAUCCAGCUGUUCCUGAUCGACGGGGCGAAGCCGGUCUUCAAGCCUAAGCGGCCAGUGCCGUUCCACUCGCAGCGGCUGGUCGAGAAGGAGCUCAACCGAUUGCAGGACAUGGGAGUGCUGGAGCCGGUCGACUACUCGGACUGGGCGGCACCCAUCGUGGCAGUUCGGAAGGCGCAGCGCGACGCAGACGGAGAUCCGGUGGUCCGCAUUUGCGCGGAUUACUCGACCGGGUUGAACGCUGUGCUGGAGGCGAACAAGUACCCUCUCCCUACCCCCGACGACAUCUUCGCAAAGCUGGCUGGCAGCAAGUUCUUCAGCGUGAUUGACCUGUCGGACGCUUAUCUGCAGAUGGAGGUAGAGGAGGAGUCGCAGAAGCUGUUGACUAUGAACACACACAAGGGGCUGUUCAAGGUCAAGCGUCUGCCGCCGGGAGUGAAACCCGCUCCUGGAGCCUUCCAGAAGGUCGUUGACAACAUGCUCGCCGGCCAGGAAGGAGCGGCGUCGUUCCUCGACGACGUGCUGGUGUUUGGCCGAACGCGCGCGGAGCACGACCGGAACUUGGAGCAAACGCUGCAGCGGAUCCAAGAUUUCGGUUUCCGGCUCAAGAUCGAGAAGUGCAAGUUCUACAUGACGGAGGUGAAGUACCUGGGCCACAUCAUCAACCAAAACGGAAUCCGCACCGACCCGGGGAAAGUGUCUGCCAUCUCGCAGAUGCCACCGCCGAAGAACCUCACCGAGCUGCGUUCGUUCUUGGGCGCGGUCAACUACUACGCGAAGUUCAUCAAGGAGAUGCACCAGCUGCGUAGGCCACUCGAUCUGCUGCUGAAGAAGGACGCAAAGUGGGCCUGGUCGGACGACUGCCAACGAUCGUUCGAGCGCUUCAAGGAGCUGCUCAAGUCUGACCUGAUGCUGACCCACUACAACCCGACGCUGGACAUUAUCGUGGCCGCUGACGCUUCGCAAACCGGAAUCGGCGCCACAAUCCGACAUCGUUUCCCUGACGGUUCGGAGAAGAUAAUCCAGCACGCCUCAAGAUCGUUGACACCGGCGGAGCAAGCGUACGGGCAGAUCGACAAGGAAGCUCUGGCGCUCGUCUACGCUGUCACGAAGUUUCACCGGAUGCUGCUGGGACGACGGGAAUCCCGACACACGUCCAACCGACUGCAACGACUGGGACUCGUUCUGCUGUGCUACAACUUUGGCAUCGACUACGUCUCCACGGCGAACUUCGGGUACGCGGAUGUACUCUCCAGACUCAUCGAUUCGGCGGCCAAGCCGGAGGAGGAGUACGUUAUCGCCGCUCUGUAUCUGGAGGACGACAUGUCGGCGGUCUUGGAAGACUCCGUUGGCAACACACCUGUCACUUCCAAGAUGAUCGCCGCUGCUACCGCCCGGGACAAGGUGCUCAAGAAAGUGGUCCAGUACUUGGAAGGUGAGUGGCCGGCCAGCGCAAGCGAAAUCGACAACCUGGACGUGAAGGCGUUCUACCACCGGAAGGAGAGCCUAGCGCUGACUCAGGGCUGCAUUCUUUUCGGCCAACGAGUGGUGGUGCCGGAGACCUACCGAAAGCGGAUCCUGCAACGCCUGCACCACGGUCACCCGGGCAUGGUCCGGAUGAAGAGUCUGGCUCGGAGUUUCGUCUACUGGCCGCACAUCGACAAGCAGGUGGAGGACACGGUGAAGCAGUGCGCGGACUGUGCUGCAGCUGCCAAAUCUCCCCCACACUCUCCACCAGAAGCCUGGCCAACACCAGCGGGACCAUGGCAACGCAUUCACAUUGAUUACGCGGGCCCGAUCGAUGGUCUCUACUUUCUCAUCAUCGUGGACGCUUUCUCGCGAUGGCCUGAGAUCUACCCGACGACGACCACGACCGCUAGGGCCACGAUCCAGUUUCUUCGAAGCACGUUCGCACGCCUUGGCCUGCCGAUGGUGCUCGUGUCGGACAACGCUGCUCAGUUCACUUGCGACGAGUUUGAGUCCUACUGCAAGGCGAACGGAAUCACCCACAUCCUCACCGCGCCCUACCAUCCGCAAUCGAACGGGCAAGCGGAACGCUUUGUGGACACCGUCAAGCGAGGAAUGAAGAAAAUCAACAAGGGAGAGCCACUGCAGGAGACACUCGACGUGUUUCUGGCAACGUACAGGUCGACGCCGAGCGGAACAACCGAGCAGAAGUCACCAAGUGAACUGCUGUUUGGACGUCAAAUGCGCACCACACUCGACCUACUGCGACCACCACCAACACCGGUUGCUGAGAUGAAGACAACUGCUGAGAACGACCAGAGACGAGAAUUUGCACCUGGCGACAUGGUGUAUGCGAAGGUGCACAAGCGGAACGACUGGUACUGGGAGGCAGGAAAGGUCAUCGAAAGGCUCGGCUCGGUGAACUACAACGUGUGGUUGGACGGCCAACGUUCGGGGCUGAUCCGGUCGCAUAUCAACCAGCUUCGUCCACGGCACGAGUCAGCGGAUUCGCCAGCGCGGGGUCGCGCUGUUAACCUUCCGCUGGACAUUCUCCUGGGCGAGUUUGGGUUCGCUCAACCAACAACCGAGGACGUCACGCAAGCAGCUGUGGUGGAACCGGAAGACGCGAACCAACCAGAAAUCACCGAGCAACCUGGCAACAACGAUGGACCGGAACCAGCUGUGAUCCAACGGCCGAUCCGGCGGGCUUCGACGGGAAGUAUUCCGCCGAGUUGCGUUCCCGUGCCGACGACGACGAUCACCAGGAGUGGACGCGAGGUUCGGCUGCCGCCGAGCCACGUAAACAACGGGGGUUGUCUCCGACCUGGCCUGGCCGAAAACUGGUCCGCCGACCGCAGUCGACACUCCGGGGCCGCCUCCUGCGACCACCGCUCGUCUGCGUCUGCCGCCGCCUCACGGGAGCGGGAACUCGGGAAGCUGCCUUGGGGAUCUGCCGCUUCUACGCCGUCGCCGUGUCCACUUCUUCCGAAACGUGGUCCGCACCACCUGCAACCGCCGGAACGGGAAAUCGCCGCCGAAGACACCGAAAAAUCACACCAAAAACUCGCGUGA